UUUUUCUUUUUUUCAGAGCUGGGGACUGAACCCAGGGCCUUGCACUUCCUAUGCAAGCACUCUACCACUGAGCUAAAUCCCCAACACCAGGUUGAAGCUUUAAUGCACUUCCCUGUGCAGCACAGUACUGCCUGUAAUUGCUAAACAGUAAAUACUGACUCUUUGAUCUGCUGAAAGAAGCUCAGAGAGGCUAGUUUCCUUUUCACAAGAAUGGAAAGUUCCCUGAGGCCCAGAGUGGAGACACUAUGGUUUACAGCCUUGUCUGUUUGGUGCAUUUCAUGCUGUGACCUCACAAAGAACCACUGUGAUGUAAGAAUGAGUGUCCUCUGUAUAAGACAGUGGGCCAGCCUGUUGAAUUUGUCCAUAAGGACCAGGGAGCAGGUUAACGUUGACCUGUGGGACUCCUUGAUAGCUGUGUAUUUUGUUAGUUGACUGGUUAUUGUAACUCACAACCUGUGUUCACCAGAUCACAGGGAUGGACAUCACUUCUAUUAAGAAGACUUUGGGCAGUCAGUAUAGGGUGGCAUUCUUUCUUGGCCAGGGUUCAUAUGGCAGUGUGAAAUUGGCCUGGCACCGGAGAACACAGGCCCUGGUUGCCAUCAAAACGGUAGAGAUCAGCAAGAACACCAUCAGGGCAAUCCUGUCCGAAAUGACCACUUUGGAGUUACUGCACCAUCCAAAUAUAAUUUCCCUCUUCCAGAUCCUGGUUACAGCGAACCAGAUUCAUUUUAUUUUACAAUAUGCUCCAGGAGGCAACUUAGUACAACUAAUAAGUGAGGAGGGCCCAUUGCCAGAAGAAAAGGCUAAGAAAAUGUUCGGACAGAUCGUAUCUGCCAUAAGACAUUGUCAUAGUCUGGACAUUGUCCAUCGCGACAUCAAGCCACAGAAUAUACUGAUAGAUGGAGAGGGCAAUGUUAAGCUGAUCGACUUUGGCCUGGCAGUCAAAUGCAGACCUGGUACAUUACUGAGUAGGCACUGUGGAACCAGGGGCUUUAAUGCCCCUGAACUGGUAUUACGGCAGCCAUAUGAUGGCAAGAGUUCUGAUGUGUGGAGUUUGGGCGUACUCCUAUAUUUCAUCACCACUGGCUACUUUCCCUUCAGAGGAAACACCAUCGAUGAGAUUGAGCAAAAGAUUACAACGGGGACCUAUACCGUUCCACAUCACCUGUCUGGGCAACUCGAAAACCUGAUACAUCAAAUCUUCACGGUUUCACCAGAAAUGAGGCCCUCUAUAGAGGAAAUUGAAAAUCACCCAUGGAUCAAGAAAUGUGAGUUAAAAAUCCCGCCCAUGUCUGACCCAGAUUACAAAAUUAUAGAAAUGCUGUGUGGCAUGGGGUAUAAUGCCAAGGACAUCUUGGAAUCCCUCCAAAAGAAAAGAUACGAUGAGCCAAUGGGGGCAUAUUUGAGCUUAAAAAAUCACGUAAGCGAAGGGUAUGAUCUUGCAUCUAUCACUCCAACCAAGCCUGGGGAUCCGUGCCCUCCGCCACCCCCAUCACCAGCACAUCCCUCUGUCUUUGGCCUUCCUCUCAGGAGAAGGGCCAGUGAGCCCAACUUUGGCCUCCUCCACAGACAGCCCUCAAGGGAACAGAAUCCUCUUGACCUCAUUCUAUCAGGACUCAAUAUGGGCAGGUGUGUCUCCAUGCCUCCUAUUGCGGUAUACUAUCCUAAGAAGCAGAGAAGCACUUCUACCCGUGCCCUCCACUCAAGACCUGUAGCUUCCCCAUGCGUCUACAACAACAUGUUGGGAGUUGAAAUAAUCCUGCCACAUAAGCAGGACAUUGAGAUGAAUACAUCAUCUCCCCCUCAGACGAUGGGAUGGUUUAAGAGACUCCGCAAAGGAAUCGGGGACUGUUUUUCAAGACUUUGCUGCUUCCCAAGGGCUCCAAAGAAAAAAACCCAGCAUAGAUCCUCCAAGAGAGUGGCCCCCCUGAAAAAGGCAGCAAGCAGUACCAUAUAAAAGGCUUCCCUCCUGCAGAUAAUGGUGCAUUUGAGGCCAGGAUAGUCAUGGAUUCCUGAGUACAAGGACAGUGGCUCAUUGUUGCUAAGGAUCCCAACUCAAAUUACCAACACUGGACUGAAAACACAAACUAAGCAUUGUGACGUGUAAGGCUCUCAGGAGAAGCCAGAUCCCAGUGGCAUUAGUGUGACAAACAAGCUGUGCCCAAGGAGCUGACACUCUGGCAGAGUCCAGGACAUCCAGGAAGACAGAGGUGGUGAGAUAUCACCAACUAUGACUCUGACAUACAAUGAAGCAGUCGAGGGCCAUGAGGCUUUUCUGACUGAGGCAACACAGCCUGGAGCCCAAAUCCCGAGGCUGUGCACCAAAGUCCUUCCGUUUGUCACUGGUGAGCAGAGUCUGACCUGAAAGUCUGGACCUGAUCUCUCAGUGAAGGCAAAACCACUUGACCUCUGAUUUUGAACUGCAAUUGUAGCUAAUGCUGCUAUUGAUUUAAAAAUCUAGUUCAAUAUGUGAAAAAAUACACUCUUCGAUCUCCUGGAACAUUCUGUCUCAGAGAGGACCAUGUCUACACGUCAAAGGAAAGACCAGAUCCUGGUGCUUUCCCACAAGAAGUUGCUCAAUGUGGCUACCAGGCAGGCCAAACAAAAGCCUCUGUCUGCAGACAGGAGGGCACCAACAAUGUGUCAAGCAACCUCAUCUGCAUCGUCACAAGCAUCUGCAGUGUGGAUAUCUGGUCAACAUGCUUCCCUCCUGCAGAUAAUGGUGCAUUUGAGGCCAGGAUAGUCAUGGAUUCCUGAGUACAAGGACAGUGGCUCAUUGUUGCUAAGGAUCCCAACUCAAAUUACCAACACUGGACUGAAAACACAAACUAAGCAUUGUGACGUGUAAGGCUCUCAGGAGAAGCCAGAUCCCAGUGGCAUUAGUGUGACAAACAAGCUGUGCCCAAGGAGCUGACACUCUGGCAGAGUCCAGGACAUCCAGGAAGACAGAGGUGGUGAGAUAUCACCAACUAUGACUCUGACAUACAAUGAAGCAGUCGAGGGCCAUGAGGCUUUUCUGACUGAGGCAACACAGCCUGGAGCCCAAAUCCCGAGGCUGUGCACCAAAGUCCUUCCGUUUGUCACUGGUGAGCAGAGUCUGACCUGAAAGUCUGGACCUGAUCUCUCAGUGAAGGCAAAACCACUUGACCUCUGAUUUUGAACUGCAAUUGUAGCUAAUGCUGCUAUUGAUUUAAAAAUCUAGUUCAAUAUGUGAAAAAAUACACUCUUCGAUCUCCUGGAACAUUCUGUCUCAGAGAGGACCAUGUCUACACGUCAAAGGAAAGACCAGAUCCUGGUGCUUUCCCACAAGAAGUUGCUCAAUGUGGCUACCAGGCAGGCCAAACAAAAGCCUCUGUCUGCAGACAGGAGGGCACCAACAAUGUGUCAAGCAACCUCAUCUGCAUCGUCACAAGCAUCUGCAGUGUGGAUAUCUGGUCAACAUGCUUCCCUCCUGCAGAUAAUGGUGCAUUUGAGGCCAGGACAGUCAUGGACUCCUGAGUACAAGGAAAGUGGCUCAUUGUUGCUAAGGAUCCCAACUCAAAUUAGCAACACUGGACUGAAAACACAAACUAAAAUCCUCCUACCUGAGCAAGGUAUGCAGAAAAAAUGAGAGACUGCUGUUCUCAGGGACAAGUAUCCAUAUGGAAUCUAUAGUGAUGAUCUAUGCCUGGCAGAGGAACAAUGGUCAACUAUCUAAUGGGCCCCCUCAAAGUCUCCCUGCAGCUCAGAAGAACACCAAGGGCCUCAGCUCUGUCAUUCCUGUAUCACUGUGGAGCAUCUGCCAAGAAUGGACACCAGCAUCAGUAGACCAGGGAGAGACUAGUUCCCACACUUUAGUUCCGCACGCCCAAACAGUAAAACAACAUCCUAUCCCCUAAUGAGGUAUGUACAUAAUGACAGAGGAUUCUCCACACAAACUUGAUUCACAAGAACAGGGCCUCUUUGGUAGACACCCAAACCAUCUGAAAUCAGGCAAGAAGACGUGAGCAGUAGCCUUCGAUCCCUGUACCUCAAGACCAAAUAACACUCAUUCUGAUAGGAUACAUGAGCUGGUCCUCGUUUAUCUUCAUUCCCCAAUUCCUUCUAUCUCCUAUCCGCAUGAAGACCUUUCCUUCCCAUGCUCUGAUCUGAAUCUUGUUCCGCAAUUCAUGGAACACAUUUGAAAAGUCGAUCUGGACCUCCAUGUCCUCAUUUGUCCGUAUGGACCUUCAGGAUGGACAGUCUCUGGAAGAUCCUGUGACAGCUGCAGGAUGGGCUGAGCAGCUGUGUUUGUCCAUAUCUACGGCAGAAGCACUUGAGCCAAUAGACUACCUAACAGUGCCAUUCUGCCCUUAACAAUAAUGUGAGGAUUCCCCUGUCUCCAUAUGAACCAACCUGCCUGCCCCAACACUGUGCUAAUGUCGCUGCGGGAACACUAAGGACAUGAGGACUAUGAGAGUAGGAUGCUCGGUGCAAAAAAAUGAGUUCCCUUUUAAUACUGACUAAGAUGCUCAGGCCUCAAAGGAGGUGGACUGCAAGGGUGAGAGCUGAGUGUUCCUUCUGGAUAUGAGUCAACACCAGCACGCAGGAAUCCACCAGGUUUGGAUGGACGAUGCAUCUGACCAGAAGAGGGGAGUAGUAAGUUUCUGGGGUACACUGAAAGAUCCCUCACUCUGUGUAAUUACCCAGGAAAUGAAAUAGUCUUGUCCAUGUGGACAUUGGUGCCCAAAUGAGAAAAAUAGUGUAUAUAUCCUGACCACUUAAAAGUCAUGCUUUUUCUGAGAGAACCUCUGAGCUCGAAAGACUGUGAAAUAGGAUGUCUGCCUGUACCAGAAUCUUUCCAGUGUAGAGAAUUUCAUCAGGAAGGAAGAGGCCCAGAGCAUGCACAUAUGUUGAACUCUUGAAGGGCACCCAGUUUGAAAGAGAACAUCAAAGGCCUGAAUCACUGUGAAACAAGCUGUCUGCAAGUACUAGAACACUUCCUGAGAGCAAGGGACACUGCCAAACCACUAGAGGCCAAAAGUUAUGAUGGAUAAAGAGACAGGUGUUCUGGUGACCUGUAACCCCAUCAGGAGCCCCAAGGGUCACCUCCUGCUAAACCAAACAUAACCUUUAUCAGUGAAGGUCACUCCCGAGAAACCCUGUUGAGAAACCCUGCAGACAGGAAAGCCAAGGAGGCCUCCUCCUUCCCAUUGUCAUUAUUUUCUAAGGGAGCUUGAACAGGUUAGCUCCUACAGACUUCUUAAACUGCCUGGAACACUCUGCUAAUUCUGUGUUCCCACACUCUUCAACUGAGUCAAGAGAAGAAAACAGAUAUUUGGAACUCUGAUCCAAUCAAAUUAAUAUUCUGGUGAUCAGAAGCCAAGACUGUACAGAGAUUUCUGAGGCCUCUCCAGGAAUUCUGUCCAGAAUCACGCUCUGGAGGACUUCAGUGUGCGAGAAUGUGAGUACGUUGGAUGGACUCUGGGGUCUAAGGAAUGAAGUUUGUCCUCAUUAGGACAAAAAGAUACAAGGGGAACGCCGGAGUACAUAUAGAACACAGGGUGCCAUGAUGUGGAGCCCGAAGACAAGGGAGGCUGCUGAACACUCUAAUGACUGUAUGAGUGAACUUGGACAUGAACAGUGUAGCUGGAUCUGUUUGCCUUCAGUUCAAGCUGCAAUGUUGUCACCAUCUCCUCUUUAAGCCCAUGUAUCCUUGACAAGGUUGUUCUGCCCUUCAAGCUCAUAUGAUGGUUGUGCAUGUAGGAGACCUAGCCUUCUGUCACCAAGGAAACAGAAAGCAGAGGAGGAAUGUGACCGUGGGAGGCUGCAGGCAAAAGUGAUGUGGGGCCACAACUGUACCUGGAAGCUACAUGGUACAAUCCCUGAGGCCCUGUUCAGACCUUCAUUCUAUUCUGGUGUCUUCCUAGUGACAGCCCUGCUAGCCAAUGACAACAACUUCUCCCUGAUCUUCCCCAGCCUUGCUUCCCAGUCCUGAGACUUGAAGAGCACAGAGGAGGGCCUCUGUAGGUCAGUCACUGGCUCUGGACCAUUGACCACUACCACUGCUUUUGCUUGGGAUGGUGUUCAAAUUGUGGGAUGUCUGAGAAAGCUGGGUUCCACGUUUUUGCUAUGCAACCUGUUCCUCACGUCCUGGACUUUGCCGGCUCCAGUCCUCAGUUGCCAUUCAGUAAGCAUUGUGACGUGUCAGGCUCUCAGGAGAAGCCAGAUCCCAGUGGCAUUAGUGUGACAAACAAGCUGUGCCCAAGGAGCUGACACUCUGGCAGAGUCCAGGACAUCCAGGAAGACAGAGGUGGUGAGGAAAGUCUGCAUCAAAACAGAUAUCACCAACUAUGACUCUGACAUCCAAUGAAGCAGUUGAGGGCCAUGAUGCUUUUCUGACUGAGGCAACACAGCCUGGAGCUCAAAUCCCGAGGCUGUGCACCAAAGUCCUUCCCUGUUUGUCACUGGUUGCUAUUGAUUUAAAAAUCUAGUUCAAUAUGGGAAAAAAUACACUUUUCAAUCUCCUGGAACAUUCUGUCUCAGAGAGGACCAUGUCUACACGUCAAAGGAAAGACCAGAUCCUGGUGCUUUCCCACAAGAAGUUGCUCAAUGUGGCUACCAGGCAGGCCAAACAUAAGCCUGUGUCUGCAGACAGGAGGGCACCAACAAUGUGUCAAGCAACCUCAUCUGCAUCGUCACAAGCAUCUGCAGUGUGGAUAUCUGGUCAACAUGGUCUUUUGACAGUUGUGGAGCCCCUCCCACCAAUAAAGGUUAGCAACUUGUCGGGCUUUCAUGGCAUUUAUGGCAGCUAGAUUGUGCUUCUUAGAGUAAGUCCAAAUCAGUGCUGCUAGGUAUGUAUGAUGCUUAUAUACUUUACCCUAAUUUAAACAGAUGGUGUGGGCACUGAGAACAUGUAGCCCUGCAAAGCAUUUUAAAUUAUUUACAUAUUUUCUCAUUUACCUAUUCACUCUCCCCUACAUUCUGUCUGUAGUCUGUCUCUUCUAUCUCUUCUCUGGUUUUUAUAACUUUUGUUCCGUCUUUUUCUGUUUCUGACUCUCUCCUGUUCUCUUUCUUACUGCCUAACUCCCUCUUUGUCUAUCAAUCUGUCUCUCCCUUGCUCAAUCUCUAUCUCUUUCUCUGUCUCUCUCUUCCUCUCUCUCUCUCUCUCUCUCUCUCUCUCUCUCUCUCUCUCUGUGUGUGUGUGUGUGUGUGUGUGUGUGUGUGUGUGUGUGUGUGUGUGUGUGUCCAUGCAUGUGGGGGCAGGUAGCAUGUAUAUUUCCUGGAGAGCCUGUGGAGGUCAAAGUUUAACUCAAGUGAGGUCUUUCUCAAACUCAUAAAGGACCUAGUAACUGAACUCUACUACCUAUUAUUGGAAAAGCUUUUGUAGGUGAAGAACCUGAAGGAUCUGAGGCUGUGCCAGUACAUGCUGGAGAAAUACUUGACUGGACUCGGGAGUAGGAGCCUAGGCAUUGGCCCACAGAUGUGCUGUUCUCCUUCUUUGGAUACCCGUCGCAACAACACAAUCUUCUCUGUCUACUGGAGUUGUCUUGGUUGUAGAUUUGGAGAUCCUCAAUCUCUCAGCUUAGUUCUCUAAUGUUAAGUCAUAUCGACUCUUAGCAUAGUACUUUAUUUGCCACUGUUCUUUCUACCUUUAUUUUGCCAGAAUUUUCUAUGGGUAAGUUAUUCCAUCUAUAACACUUUAUGAUGUGUAAGCCCACACGAAGGUACCCAGAGCCCAUAUACAAUGUGCUCUUAUUUACCUGUGAGAAGUCCAAGCCAGUAACCCCAAUCUUAACUCAGUGGUGAGAAGGAACUUAAAACUCAGAACAGGACUUGUUUUCAUUCCUUUCUUGUUAGUAUCAUUCACAACUUCUGUAGAAGUUGGGAGUCCAGAAAGCAAAGGGCGGGAUUUUCUCACAUGAUCUUGACCCAUGUUGGGUUUUCUGUCUUCCAUCUCCACCUUUAACAUUUAAUAUACCACAUCUCUCCAAAGGUCAUGCCUAUUCUAGUGUGCUGCACUCAGUGAAGAAGUUGGAGUAAGUGUCAAAAGAGUGAAGGCCAAGCUCUAACUGUGACAGAGAGUUUGAGAUGGAUAAAUGAUGCUUUGAAAAACACGUGACUUUUCGCUGGGACCUCCAUCUCCUGUAAAUAAGCAACAACCUGUUCAAGGAUCAAUGUGCCUCUGAGAUGAGGACAACAAGGCAUCACUAAGAAAUCUAUAUAGUCCUACCUCCCAGAAGAUGAGUGAAGGUGUUACAGUUAGGAUGACUGUUGACAUGAGGCUCUCAGAGGUUCACCACAAAUCGGAAGGACAAGAUUGAGAUUGCCAUUCUUAUGGUCUUUCCAUAGUCUCCCCUUGCAAUUAGAAUUGACCAUCACUGUGGAUCUCAUCUAUUAGAUGAAGGAUGUCUAGAAAGCCUCUGGACAGGCAGCAUGGCAGAAAUCAACUCUUUCCAAAAAAUAAAAAAGGCUGCUGCUGACACAGUGGAUAGAGCACACACAAGCUCCCUGUCUGACACCUUCAGCUCUUGCAUAUCCCCUUGGCUAACAUUUCAGAGCUUCUGAUUCUUCAGACAUCAGCUUCUUGAUACUGAAGAGAUUGUUCUACCUGAUGAGCCCAGGCCUAGAAGAUGGACUACAUCCAAGAAGCCUGGCCAAUCUAAGGCCAAGUCACAUCUUUAAGUAAUAUUUGAAAGCAUUUGUGCACAGGAUAAAGGUGCAAGGACCAAAGUCUCCUUAGACAUUCCAGCCUACAAAGGGUCUGACAGACUCAGGUCAAAGGUUACGUCUGAAGCCUAGAUCAUGAAGAAGGCCCCACUCCACAGGAGAAGCCUGUGGCUGAUACUAUUGCAACUAGGACUAUGAUUGUGAAACUUGUGUCUGUGGAUAGCAGAUUCACGAAUCUUGUGCCCAGGUAUCCACAGGCCUUUUUUCAUACAUUCCUUGGUAUAACUUUGCAAGUCCUGACUUUGGAAGUGUUGGGUCCUUAUGCUAUCUCACUUGACAUAUAGUCCAAGAAAGAUUUUUACCCCUUUAAGGGGCUGGAAAUAGACUGGACUCACAGUUACCAUUAAAACUGAAGUUCUGUC